AUGGCAGGCCAACACGUGAAAGAUGGCGGGAUGAAACGGCCUCUGAGGCUUUGUCCGGGGUCGUAUAUAAUCCGUCUUCCGGGGGCUGGUGUUCAGACAGACAACUAUCUUAGCUCCACAGUGGAGGCAGCCUGUUGGCCGUACACUAUGAGGGGGGCCCGUGCAUCGUCUUUUUUGCAGAGCCCAAGACAGUCUGGACUGCCGAUCGGUGCAGAAGCGCUACGGGGUCGUCCGAGAGGGAAAAAAAAAAAGUGUUUGGUAUGCGCCCGCUUCGGCUCGUCUUUUUUUCUCUUCCUCAAAAAACCCCACGACUUUUACCGCCGUCGACGAAUUUGCGCACGUAGCACUCUUGCAAGAACAACACCGAAGCUCACGAAUCUUUCAUACUUCCCGUCCAAAUAUUCAAGAUGGGUAACGUAUGGCGCAAAGGCUCAGCAGAAGCGGGAGCGCAACCAGAAGGAUGCCAAGUCCAAGGGCUCUCAGCUCAAGGUGAACGCCGCCGCCAAGGACAUCCAGUGCCAAAUCUGCAAGGCCACUUUCCUCAAGACCACCAAGGCCCCUGCCCUGACUGAGCACGCCGAGAACAAGCACAGCAAGGGUCUUGCUGACUGCUUCCCUUCCUUCAUCGCCGCAUGA